AUGUCCAGAAAAUCCCAAGAAAGUGUUUUUGCGAGUCUCAAUGAUCUGCCCCAGUUGCGCCCCUCUUCCACCUUGGCAUCGGCUCCGGUGCUCCAAUAUACUCCGCUAGACGAAAUUAAGCCCAAUGUCUCCCGAUUACACCAAAAGUUUCACUCAGAGUCCAACAAACUUGCACUGGUUCAAUUCCGGUUGAACCAAUUGCGGAACCUUUAUUUUGCAAUCAAAGAUAAUGUAGAAGCAAUCUGUGGUGCUUUGGAAGAAGAUUUCUACAGAUCACCUUCAGAGACUCAGAACUUGGAAAUAUCUCCAAGCUUGAACGAAUUGCUUCAUACCAUGUCUCUGUUGCACAAAUGGAUCACUCCAGAAAAGGUUACUCACUUGUCUCUUUCCAUGAAAUCGAACCCGGUUUACUUGGAAAGAAUUCCUUUGGGGGUUAUUUUGAUCAUGUCGCCGUUCAAUUAUCCACUUUUACUCUCGCUUUCGCCAAUUGCAGGUGCCAUUGCUGCUGGAAAUGCUGUAGUAUUCAAACCGACAGAACUUACACCUCGUUUUUCAGCGUUGAUAACCAAAUUGUUCACUCAAGCUUUGGAUCCAGAUUUUUUUUAUGUGGUUAACGGUGCCAUUCCUGAGUCUACAACUACCUUGGAACAAAAAUUCGACAAAAUAAUGUACACCGGCAACGGCACAGUGGGUACUAUUAUCGCCAAAAAGGCAGCUGAAACUUUGACUCCAGUAAUAUUGGAGCUAGGAGGUAAAUCUCCGGCAUUUGUGCUUCCUGACGUUUCCGACAAAGACUUGAAUACCAUUGCGAGAAGAAUUGUUUGGGGAAGAUUCACCAAUGGUGGUCAGACAUGUGUAGCGGUGGAUUAUGUUUUGGUCCAUGAUUCGCUCAAAUCCAAGUUAGUUGCAGAGAUGAAGAGGGUAGUACAAGAAAGUUUCUAUGCUGGCAUUAAUGAGAACACUACCUCUUAUACCCAUAUAAUCCACGAAAGAGCAUACGACAAUUUGAAGGAUAUCCUCAAAACCACCAAAGGAGAUAUAGUGGUUGGUGGACAAACCGACGAUAGCUCACGGUACCUUUCCCCAACCAUCAUUGACAAUGUUACAUGGAGCGACUCUUCAAUGAAGCACGAACUUUUCGGCCCAAUCUUGCCAGUUCUCACUUACCGAACGUUAGACGAGGCAAUCGAAAAUGUAACAAAAAACCACGAUACUCCGUUGGUUCUGUACUUGUUUACAAGUGGUCUAACUUCGAGGAAAGGGAACAAAAAUGUUGACAAAAUUAUGAGAAGAUUGAGGUCUGGGGCCACUUUGGUCAACGAUGUGAUUAUCCAUGUUGGACUUGUCAACGCUCCAUUUGGAGGAAUUGGCACCUCAGGGUAUCUGAGCUACCAUGGCUUUUACUCAUUCAGGGCAUUUACCCACGAAAGAACCAUUUUGGAGCAAAAGUUGCGGAACGAGCGAACACUCUCAUUGAGAUAUCCACCAUUCAACGACAAAAAAACCAAGGCUGUUGGCUUGUCGAUGGAUCAAUACAACGGAAAUCUCUGGUUUGGUCGAGUGGGCGAUGUCACCCUUAGUGGACCAUCAAGGUUCUUUAGUAUUUGGGCGGGUAUAUCAGGUGUUGCAGCUUUGGGCAGUGCCGUUGUAGCAGCACUUUAG